UUGUGAAUGUUGCUGUUGUUUGGUAGAUGCUUUUUAUGCCUUUUUUUUAAAAUUUGCUUAGCUUGCAUGCUCAGUUUACUAAUAAAAUAUUUAGAUUAGAUUUGAAAAUCAAUAGCAAAAAAAAAACGAAAUAAAAUAAAAUGAAUUGAUUUAUUCAUUUCAGGUGAUAUAUCAAUUGCUUUAACUGAUUCAAAAAAUCAAGAUGUUCCAUUUACAAUUGAUGAUAAUCAAGAUGGAACAUUUACUAUAACUUAUACACCGAAAUUACCUGGUGUACAUUGUAUAAGUGUUCUAUUUGGCGAUAAUGAAAUACCUAUAUCACCACUUAAAGUUACUAUUGAACCAAGUGUUGAUGUAAAUAAAAUACGUGUUGAAGGUCUUGAAACAAUGCCUAUUGUUGGACAACCUGCUCAGGUAACAUUAAAUACAUUAGCAGCUGGUACAUUACCAGCUAAUGCAAUUCAUGCUCGUAUUGUUGGACCAAAAGGUAAUACACAAGAAGCAAUCGUAACACCAGCACCACAAGGUUAUAAUCUUCGUUUUAAUGUACCUGAACCAGGUACAUAUACAAUUGAACCCGAUGUAUGUACAUUACCAUUACGUCCAGUACAAAUCACAGCUAUUGAACCACUUGAUCCGAGUAAAGUACGUGCCUAUGGACCAGGUCUUUCACAAGGCACAGUUAAUAAACCAGCUGAUUUUAUUGUUGAUACACGUGGUGCUGGUAAUGGUCAAUUAGCUGUUACAGUUGAAGGACCAUCAGAAUCAAAAAUUGAUUAUCAAGAUAAUAAUGAUGGUAGUUGUCGUGUUACCUAUCAUCCGACAGUCUCUGGUAAUUACAACAUCAAUAUAUUAUAUGAAGGAAAACAUAUCCCAGGUUCACCAUUUCGUUCUGCUGUACGUGCUGAUCUGGAUACACAUUCUAUUCGUUGUUAUGGACCUGGUCUUGAUUCGAACGGAGUAUUUCUUGAAAGUCCAACUGAUUUUAUUGUUGAUGCUAAAUUAGUAACGGGUAGUGGUUCAGGCCGUGUUGAAUGUUUAUUAACAUCACCAAGUGGUCGUGUUGUACGAUGUCCUGUUAAAAAUAUGUCUGAUGGAACUUAUCUUGUUCAAUAUGCACCUUAUGAACCAGGCAUGCAUCAAUUAGAAGUGACCUAUGAAAAUAUUCCUGUUCCUGGUAGUCCAUUUCAUGUUAGUGCUGUUCCAGGUUGUGAUUCAACACGUGUACGUGCAUAUGGACCUGGCCUUGAAAGUGCAACAACAAAUGAAGCAACAACAUUUACAAUUGAAACAAAAAGUGCUGGACAAGGUAGUCUUGGUUUAGCAAUUGAAGGACCAUCCGAAGCUAAAAUGAUUUGUAAAGAUAAUCAAGAUGGUACUUGUGUUAUGGAGUAUUUACCUACGAAAGCUGGUCAAUAUGAUAUAGCAAUUAAAUUUGCUGAACAUCAUAUUCCAGGCUCACCAUUCCGCGUCAAUGUACGUGAUCGACUUGAUGCUAAUCGUGUUAAUGUUAAAAUGAGUUCAACUAUGCGUGCUAAUGUUUUACAAGAAAUUAUAAUCGAUGGACAAACAGCUGGACCAGGUAGUCCAUCAAUUGAUAUAACUGAUAUACAUGAAGAACUAUAA